GUAGAUGACACACUCUUAAGUAUGUAUGUGGUCUGAGUCAGCUGUCUGCUCAGUACAGUACCAGUACAGUACAGUAACUGCGAUUUGUCUGUCUAGGCUAGGAAUUACAGGAACUAUGAAUCCAGUUAAAAUGCUCGAGUUACUUAAAGGUGAGCUCGAAUUUACAAUUACCGAAUAUCCUUCGGUAACAGUAUGUUUAGAAGUCGAUGACAAUAAGUACCACAGCACAGCAAAAUCCAAAGCUAUUGCCAAUCGCGACGCUGCAAUUUUAGCUAUAAAGUAUUGGCAUCAAUGCGACUAUUCACUUGUGAAGCAUUCAUUUGAUAGAUCUCCAAGAAUCUUACGAAAGCAUUAUCCGGACCUUAAGUUUACUGAUGUUUCCAAUGGAGAAAAUUCCUUGGUUUAUUUAAAUAUAGGGGAUAAAGUGUUUACGGGAUAUGGAGCAGACCCGAAGUUGGCGAAAAAAGGUGCGUGCAUUAUGGGUAUGCGUUAUCUACUUACUUCAAAGGUUGAAAGUUUUUUGUCCAAACGUUUAGAAGACAUUAAAGUAGACGACGCUUUUGAAGUAAUACGAUUACUUAAUUGUAGUCUCAAUUCUACAGUGGUAAGGAAGAACUUAUAUACAAUGUGCCUUGAAGUUGAUAAUCAGCAAUACUAUGGCUCAGGGAAAUCAAAACGUUUUGCACAAUUUGAAGCAGCGAUGGAAGCACUUAAAGAUAUUCUCCCAUUAUAUGGCACAAGCACUUCCAAAUUUGUCGCACAAAAUAAUACCUUGAAAAAGGCACUAGGAAGAUCUCGCAGAUUGGAAGAUAACAUUAUAAACACAAAUCUAAAUUGUCACAAAAGUGUUCUUCAAGAAUUUAAUAAUUUAUAUUACGGAUCAACUUUUACCUGUACCAAGUCAACGAAUUCGACAGAUAAUUCACAAUGUAGAUUUACAGCAUCAGUGAGAGUAAAUGAUCAGGUUUAUACAGGAACUGGACCUAAUAAACAAUUAGCAAAACGAUCUGCUGCUGUUGCUGCCUUAGGUAAACUUGAGGACAUUAUUCCAUCGGAGAUGGGGAAUCAUCUGCUCCUUCAAAAAGACCAGCGCUUUUCUGAUUUAAUUGGGCGCUUAGUUAACGAUAAAUUUAACACCAUAAUGGUCAACGAUAAAGUCCACAUGAAACGAAAAAUUUUAGCAGGCAUUGUCAUGACGAAAAAUGCAGACCUUUCAACUGCAGAAGUAGUAUGUGUAACAACUGGUACCAAGUGCAUCUCUAAAAACAACACUGCAAAUGGAAACUCACUACAUGAUAUGCACGCGGAAGUUCUAGCCCGAAGGUGUUUGCUAUUGUACUUCUACAACCAGCUAGAAUUGCUGCUGUCAAAGAGAAAACAGAAAACAUCAAUAUUCAUACCAAAAAGCUGCGGACGGGGAUACCAACUAAAGCAAGGAAUUGAGUUUCACCUGUACAUCAGCCAUACACCAUGUGGUGAUGCAAGCAUUAAAUGCGAUGAUGACAUGAAUCCCAGUACGAUACUCCGUGGUUUACUAAGAUGCAAGAUAGAAGCUUCACAAGGGACUAUACCUACGAAAACUUGCUUUACCUCAACUUGGGACAGUGUUUUAAAAAAACAUCCUGUCAAAAUGAUGUCCUGCUCAGACAAAAUUUGCAAGUGGAAUAUAUUGGGCUUGCAAGGAUCUCUGUUGCUCAAUUUUAUUGAUCCGGUUUACUUAAGUUCAGUCGUAGUAGGAAGAAGAGUACCUGAAACUCAACUAAAAAGAGCUCUUUACGGAAGAAUAGAAAAUACUUUACAAAAUAUACCCUCAGAAUUUCAUUUAAAUAAGCCUAAAUUAUUAACAGUGCCAUGUACUGAAGUGAGAAUACCAAGAAUCAGUCUUAACUUUGCCGUGAUUUGGUUCUUGGGCAUGGAACACCCUGAAGUAGUUCUGAGUACAAAUGGUAAAACAGAAUACGGCUCUUCGGUAAUUUCUACAGAGAGUUUGGUAAACCGAUAUGCGUCAUUACUUCAAAAAUCUGUUAUAGGUCGUAAGAUGUUGCAUCCAACUCGAUUUGAGGACACCAACAUGUUAACUAGUUACACCGUUGCCAAAGAAAAAAUUUAUAAAGCGUUUUCAGAAGCUGGUUUAGGUGACUGGAAAUCUAAGUCAAAAAGCUAAAUUCUCGUUUCACAAAUUAAUAUACCCAAAACACUAUUUUGACAUCACCUUUUGAGAUUACCUUGAUUCUUAUAGAAUGUGUCCCUUUUUGUUGGUUCAAAUAUUAUGAAUGUAAUAUAGGUCCAAUAAUAAA